CGAAGACCAGCGUCUCUCCGAAUACGCGCGUGUACAACACACACACAUACACGCAUUUUUGUAUACGUGUAUAGGUACGUAUACGUAUUUAUAUUGUUCGUGUGUACACAUCGAAAUGGCCUAACGAAAACGAUGCGGAAUAUGCGUGUGCGCGGUGUGUGCCCGAGUUCAGUGCGCGCGUUUUCGCCACGAUGAUCGCGAACGACGUGAACAGGUGAACGCAAAAGAAUCAUGUACAGCCGCAAUAAUACGACACGUCUUAUUCAUUAGAUUUGCAUACCGGUGGUGGACGGCACGUUUAUCAUUACUGUUGUUAUUAUUGUUUUGGAAGUAGCGAAUAGCUCGUACGGCCGCGAGUGUGUGGUGCGCUCGCGCGCGAUCGGAUUUUUUUUAAUUUUUUUUUUUCUUCUCUCCUUCGCCGAAGAGAAGACACAUACCACGUACAUCAUAUCUCGCGAAAAAUGCAACACGUGAAACCAUCCGUGAAAGGCGACCCGUUGUGUCCGCUCGGAUUCCACCCGCAAGUCCGUUGGCCGACCAGAUGCAAACGGUGUUUCAGAGACUAUAAAGAUCACUCAAACAGAAACAAGGAUAAUGGGAAGACAUCACUCAGGAAAGAUGACACAACGUUAUCGACUCCUGCCUUAAAUAAUGAAGCAACGAAUGAGUCGGGUUUGAAAAAUAUUUCUUCAGAUUCGAUGACAAGUAAUGAUCAAAAUUAUAAUAAAUUAGACAAAGGUUUUGGGCCCGGUCGAAAUGCUUCAUCGUGGACAUCGACGCCAGAUUUAACGUCACUUUCAGAUGGUGUUACACAUCAAAUCGGAAAAUUAAAAAAUGACGAACAGACAGUCCCAGAAUAUACAGUACGGAGAAGACAAAAUCUUUCACGAACAGAUUCUAUGGAAGUCUCUAGUCCAAGAAAUAGUUACAAUGGAGAUAUCGACCAAAAUACACCGGUGCAUACGAAAUAUAUACCAGAUGAUAAAAAUGUAGAUAAUGAUGACGAUGAUACCAUUAGUUUAGCUGAUUCUGAUACUACAACUGAUACUUAUGCUACUAUUUUAAACGAAGAAGAUUUGCACGACCAAGUAAUUAAUUUAAAAGCAGAAUUAAAAUUGAUGAAAGAAAAAUGUGAUAAAGCUGAAAGGGAAAAAAGUGAUAUUUUAUUAAGAAGACUAGCGUCUUUGGAUACAACUCCAACGUCUCGCACAACAGCUUCUGAAUUGUUGAAGCACCAACAAAAAGUAAAUGAUUUAAAAUCUACUUGUGAAAGUCUCACUGAUGAAAAAAGAACACUUACACAACGUGUUCGUGAAUUAGAAGUUGAACUUGAUAAAAACAAAAAUAACAAUAAAAAGUCGGACGAUGUUAAAUUGGUUCAUUCUAAAUUAAUAGCUGCAGAAACUAAAAUUGAAGAGUUGACAGAAGAAAAUAACGAUUUAAAUAAAGAAAUUCGUAAUAUGGAACAAGAAAUGAGAGAUAACUUUCGAGAAGAAAUAGAUAAUGAAUUUAUUAUGCUAAGAAGAGAAUUUGAUCAAGUUUCUAAAAAUUGUCGAAUUUUAGCAUUUAAAUUAAAAAAAGCUGAAAGACGUAUGGAAGAAAUGGAAAAUGAAAAAGUUGAAAAUGACAAAAAAGCCAAAGAGUUUUUACAGUUAAUAGAACGAUUACAAAAUGAUUUAGAAAAAUCAAAAUCAAAUGUAUCACAAGUGGAUCAAAAAAAAAGGCCUAUGUUAGGCAUGAUACCUAAGUCGGCAUCUGGAGAAAGGGUUUCAAGAGAGUCUCUAACUCGAGGUGAUUCCCAAGAAGAUCCAGUUCAACUUCAGAGGGAUUUGCAAGAUUCAAUUGAACGAGAAGCUGAUAUGCGAGAGCAAUUAAGAUUUUCCGAAGAAGAAGCUAAAAGUUUAAGAAACAAAGUGAGUCGUUUAGAAGAAGAUAACGAGUCAAUGGUGAUGCAACUCAAAAAAAUGGCUACAAAAUCAAACUAUCGUUCAACAAAUAUUACCGAUAGAGAUGAAGGAAUAUCAGAUGUUGAGGAUGCAACAGAACUAAAAUUACUUCUUGAACUCAGUGAACAAGAAAUUACCGUUUUAAAAAGAAAAAUUGAAGAAUUUGAAGUAGAAAAAGAACAUUUGAAAGCUAAAGUUGUAGAUUACCAAACAAAAUUAGCAUCCAAAAGUAGUAAUAAGCCAAUAGUAAAAACUGUACAAUCUAAGACUAAGGAGGUUAAAGCUGAUUUUGAUAAGCAGACAAAAGCUGUUAAGCAAUUAGAAGCUAAAAAAAUAGAUCUUGAAAGUCAACUUAAGAGUGAGAGACAACAAAUAGAAAACUUAAAAUUAGCUCAUAAAAAAGAAUUAUUAAGCAAAGACGAAUGUAUCAAAAAGUUACAAGAAAAAUCCUCGUUUGAAGAAAAUAAAAAAAUAAUAGAUAUUCAAAAUGAAUUUGAAAAAAAAAUAAAAAUGAUGGAACACGAAUUACUUACUGAGCGAAAAAAUUAUAAAGACAUUUCCAAUAAAUAUGAGGUUCUACAAAAAGAACAAAUAGACAUGAAAAGUAAAUUGACUGCGGAAAAAGAAAAAUUACAAAGUUUAUUAGAAAAUAAGAAAAAAGAUACAUUAAAAGUUGAAUUAGAAUUAAGAACGUUGAAAGAUAAACAUAACAGCUCGGUUGAUACAUGGAACAAAGAAAAAAUUGAAAUGCAGAAAAAAAUAAAGGACCUUGAAAUGGCACAUUCGAAUGAUGCAUGGAUAAAAGAGAAGGAAAAUAUGAAAAGAAAUUUGGACGAAUAUUUAAAAGAUAUAAAAACUUUAAAUAAUAAGUGUAGUCAAUAUGCAGAUCAAAUAGAAAAACUUAAGAAAGACAAUGAAAAUUUACAACGGAAUCUGGAUGACUUUGAAAAGGUUGUUAAGGUUCAACAUAGUAGAUCAAUGGAAACUGAAAUACUCGAAAAGAACUUAAAAGAUAUAAAAAUAAAAUUGUAUAAUGAAGAACAGGCUAGAAAAACUGAAGUGGCCGCUUUAAAAGUACGCUAUGAUAACCGUAUGUCCGUACUUUCCGAAGAAUUGAAAAAUAGCCAAUUUCAAACGCUUAGGUUUAAAAGAGAACGGGAUUCAUACAAGCAAAUGUCUGAAACAGCAGAUUCGAUGCCCAAAAAGGGACUCACAACAUUUCAAAGUAACGACACUCAGAGAGAAGAAAUUCAAGGUUUGCAACAGCAGAUAUCUUGCUUGGAAGAACAGCUUUCAGAAGCUAGACUUGAAUGUUCAAGGUUAAAAACUGAAUUAGUGUCAGAAAAAUCAUCAUGGGAAAUAACAAAAUCAGAAAUGACGUCGUCUAUUAAUAAAUUGGAAGAAGAACGGCUGUUAAAUUCAGGGAGAUCUAAAUUAACUGGUUUGAAAGCCAGAAUGGAACUUGCGUGGCAAAAAGAACGCGAAGAACAGCAACGUCUCUUGCAAGAGACGUCUACAUUAGCGAGAGAUCUAAGGCAGACGUUAUACGAAGUUGAACGAGAAAGAGAUAAGGAUCGAUUGGAAUCGAAAAGACGUAUCGAUCAACUUACAAAGAAUAUGGAAGUCGAUCAACAAGAAAAUAGGAAGAAAACCAGUGAGAUGCAAUGUGAUCUUAUGGAUUUGCGAGAUGCUCAUGCAAAGUUAAGAACAAUUAAUGAAAAAUUAAGAAAAGAAAAAGAUAAAAUUGAACUUGAAUGCAAUUCAUUAAGAUUGUGUAAUGUUCGAAUGAGAACUGAUCCUCAGUUAGAGAUAAAAAUUAAUAAUUUAUCACAAUUGGUAAAAAGUUUAACCAUGAUGUUUAAUGAAAAUAUCGAAUCCUCAAAUAAAUCUGUCAGUUCGUCGUUAAGCGCGCCAACACCUCCGGCUAGAAGAAAAGCAUCUAUAUCUAGAGAAUCAUCGCCAGAUUUUAAUUCCAAUCAAACCUUAAAUAAUAAUAAUAAUAAUAAUUACGAACAAAUCAAACAAAUACUAUAUAAAGUGAAUGAAUUGACCAAAGAGUUAGUAACCAAUACUAAUCAACAAGAUGUUAGAUCAAAACGUGCAGUUUUUGGAGUCAGGUCUUCGUCAACUGAAAACGAUUUUCAUGACAAGCCUCCCAUAAGAGGUAGUUUGUAUAGGAAAAGUCUUUCUUUAGAACAAAAUUUUGGAAAUACUGAUCAAGACAUAUGGAAAAGAGACGAACGUAGCCAGUCAAGAAAUCGGCUUAUCAAACAACCCAACAGUUUUGAUAGCCAACAGUCAAAUAGUUCUUCCAAAAGUGAUAUUGUUAGUGGAGAAAAAUCUAAGAAAAAAGGACUUUUUGGUAAAUUAAAGAAGUUAACCAAAAGUUCUAAGAGCUUUGAUAACGAUAAUGAUUUGUCCUUUAAAAGCAGUACCAGUAUUCAUAAUGCUGAUGUUUCUUCUAGUAAGGAAACCAAGGGAAAACUUACUGAUAUGUUUAAGCCUUCAACAUUACCUAACUUAAAAAAGAGGUCUAUGUCUCCAUCAAUAUUUAGAAGAUCAGAAAGCUCAAGGACAUCUCCAUCACCAUCAGUAAAAUCGGAUGAAUAUGAAGAAAUCUCUUAGUUUGUUGUUAACAAAAGUUCAAUGUUAUCAGUAGAGUGAUUCACGCACAAUUGUACUAAAGAAUAAUUUAAUCUACUGUAAAUAACAAUAUUACUUAAUGUAUUGUAUGCUACAAAUUAUAGAAAUGUACAAUUUAUUUUUAAUUUGUUUUUCAAAUUAUAUCAAAUUUUAUUUACUUUAUAAGCUAUUAGAUAAUAUUUAUAUGCGUUGUGUGUAUGUUUUACUAAAUAUAGCCAAAACAAGUGGUAUGUGAUAAAUAUUGUAUUUUAGUUUAAACAACCUAUAGUCUACCUUGUGCAUAAUUUGAUUCUGCUUGUUUGGUUCAUUACUGUAUAAACAAAUAAAAAAUAUAUUGAAGAUUUUUCUUAAAUAUUUAAAAUAAAUUACUCAAAUCUGAUUAUUAUUAAAUUAUUAAUUUAAAAACAGUAGUUUACGUAAAAAACCUAUUAGAUUUAACACUUCAAAAGACAGUAAGUAUAAUAGCAUAAGCAAUAAUAAUUAGUUACAACGACAUUGGUAAUUUUGUAGAGAAUAAUAAUAAUAAUAACAUAAUAAAACAUAAAUAAGUAACCAAGGUAAAAAUUAAAUACAAUGAAAUUUACA